AUGGGCAUGAUAGAGGAGCUGUUGGAGUCACCAUUGGAGGAGUGGCAGCGGGCAGAGCUGGUGGAUGCGAGGGCGUGUGCGGGCGAGAUGGUGGAGCUUAUCAACCGAGUGUUGGACCUCGCCAAGCUGCAGGCCGGCCGCCUGCAGCUCGAGACUCUCCCCUGCUGCCUGUGCCGCAUCGUUCAUGAGGCGGCCACGCUUGUCAAGCGCUCUGCACACUCGGCGGAUUUGCAGGUACCAUUCAAUGUGGAUGAGAACGUUCCAAGGACUUUAUUGGGCGAUCCAGUGCGGCUCUCGCAAGUCAUCUCUGAGCUUGUUGACACGGGCGGUGGUAUUCCACCCGAGGAGCUGCGGUGGGUGCUGGACCCACACGGAGAGUCGUGCCACUCAAUGGACGACACUGAGGAGUAUGGAGAUCUGAACGGCAAGGGGCAGCAAGGACUCAUGGAGAAAAUCACAUUGUUUUGGAGGUCAGAAUCACAAAGCUCAGCGGGAAAUUCAUCACCGCAGCGGCAGCAGCGGGAGCGAAGCACGUGGGAUCCGUUGCAGCGAGAUGGCAAGGCAGCUACCGGCCCCCGCUGGACUCCCUACCCUGUUCGCUUCCUGCUCUCCACCUCCCUUGUGGCAGAGAUGCGGGGGGGCAUGGCAGUGCUGUCAGACGCCGCCACAGGCACCACCAUUCUGCUGGCGCUGCCCAUGGGGGGAGGGGAGGACGCCAGCAGCAACACGGGAGUUGCGGAGGGGAGUAAGCAGGAAAGUGAGGAGGAGGGAGAAGGGGAGUUGGGGGGGCUGGUGAGGAGUGUGCGGAGCGAGAGAGCUGGUCGCAUGGAGGCAUGGAGGGGCCACCCAGUGCUGCAGCGCCUCUCCCUCACGCUCUUGCUGUGCGGAGUUGGAGAGGGUUGCGGGGAUGCGGAGCGGGUGGUGCGGGGGGCGGUGGCGGGGCGGGGGGUGGCGGUGGUGGAUGACAACGCGGUGAACCGCAUGGUGGCAAGGAGAACGCUGCAGGGCUACGGGGCGCACGUGCUGCUGCUGUGCUCCGGGGAGGACGCGCUGCAAUCGCUCUCCUCUGCCACGCCCUCCCCGCCCAUCCACCUGCUCCUCCUCGACCUCCACAUGCCGCCCGGCAUCGACGGAUUCGAAACAGCUCGUCAAGUUCGGGCCAUGGAAAACACGUGUCAGAUGAAAGUGGAAACGAGUGCGGAAAUACGAGAUGUAGCCGAGUCGAGUGUAGAUGAUGCAAGAGUGGUAACGUGUGCAUCCGGGCAGCGGCUUUGCAUUAUAGCGUUGACUGCAGACUUGGACGCAGGGAUCAAGAGAGCAUGCCUGGAGGCUGGAAUGGAUGGAGCAGUGAGAAAGCCGAUAGUGGCUCAGGAGCUUGCUGCAGCACUCUCUGCUGCAGGGAUCAUACAAAGAUCUGAGUGA